CGAAUGGGCUGGAUCCGGCCCAUGCACAUAUGGGCUAUGAAUCCCUUCCAUUUAUAUAAAAUCCAGCCAUCCAGGGCACGCCACCGCUCGAAACCCUAGCACACUUUCUUCUUCCUCCGCCGCCGCCAACGCCACAGCAGCAGCAGAGGUGCGAGAUGGCCAAGUCGAAGAACCACACGGCGCACAACCAGUCGUACAAGGCGCACAGGAACGGCAUCAAGAAGCCCAAGCGCCAGCGCCAGACCUCCACCAAAGGGAUGGACCCAAAGUUCCUGAGGAACCAGAGGUACUCGAGGAAGCACAACAAGAAGGCUGGUGAGGCUGAGAUUCAGGAGUAAAGAUUUUCGAGUUCCUGGCGAUGGCUUUUCUCUAGGAUGUACUGUUUUGAACUUGAUGCUUCUGUAUGAUCAAAGGAUAUCUCUCUGUUAGUACUUAAAUUCUGUCAUGCUGUCAAGUUCGUUCUCUGCACCCAGCUAUAAACUGUUGGAUUAGAGAAGGCAUUUGCAGCUUUAUGAGAAUUGCUUUAUGUCUACGUAUGAUUAUGUGACGUCUUUGUCUGCAA